AUGAAUGCUCGCAUAGGUAGCUGCUCUGUCCGCUUACUUCGUGAUUUCGGCGGUAGAUUUUCCGUGGGUUGUCGCCAUUUUGUCAGAAGCAUGGGUGUUGAGGUCGAAGUGAUCAAACCGGGCGAUGGUACGAACUAUCCCAAGAAAGGCCAAACAGUUAAGGUUCACUACACUGGGACCCUGACCAAUGGUACGAAAUUUGACUCUUCACGAGAUCGCGGCCAGCCUUUCUCCUUCAAACUUGGUGUUGGACAGGUCAUCAAAGGUUGGGACGAGGGCGUCGCGAAAAUGAGUGUCGGUGAAAGGUCGAAGCUCACAAUCAGCCCCGACUACGGCUAUGGCAGUAAAGGUGUUCCCAAUGUCAUUCCCCCUAACUCCACACUCAUUUUCGACACGAGUGAGGAGGUUUCACGUGCGUGA